GGCUUCCCCGCUUCCCCGGGCGUUUCGGGCUACCUGCGGAGCGAGAUUCUUUUAUUUUUCAUUCAUGUACGUGUUCUGUGUACUAAGUGUUUGCAGAGCCCUUGGAAGCCAGAAGUGGACAUUGAAUCCUCUGGAACUGAAGUUACAGACUGCUCUCAGCUGCCCUGCAGGUGCUGGAUUUGAUCCCAGGUCCUUUGGGGGAGCAGUUAGUGCUCUUAACUGCUGAGCCAUUUCUCCUGCCUUGAUACCAAGAACAGUCUUGAUAUCACAUUAGGUAUUAAAAGUCAAAACCGACAGCUGACCCUGAUCAGUAAACACUGCUGUGAACAAAAGCUGGUCAGAGGAAUAUAAUAUUUUCAGUUUGCAAAGACCACUCUGGUUACAGUGUGGAUAACAGGCUGGUGGGGACUGAGUGAGUUUGGGCCCAGCAGGUGGUAAGUUGUGUGGUUUUCACACAUGGAAUACCAUUAGGGUGAUGACUAGAUUUGGAAGGGCAGACUCAGAAGUAGGAAAUAAAACAGCAGGAAAGAGUUCAAGAGGGCUGCUGAAGUAUCAGCUACUGGCCACACAGCCAGGUGGACGUUCCUGUCUCCUGAACACAGGGUUUUCUGUUAUUUUGUUUGGCUUUUCCCCAAGACAGGGUUUCUCUGCAUAGCCCUGGCUGUUCUUGAACUCUCUCUGUAGACCAGGCUGGCUUCAAACUCACAGAGAUCCACCUGCCUCUGCCUCCUGAGUACUGGUUUAAAGGCGUGCGCCACCACUGCCUGACCUGAAUCCAGGUUUAAGCUGGCAAGAAUCAGCUUGGUGGUUACCCCAUGACUUUAUGAGGCAUAAAUCUAUGACUUAUGCUGCAUCUAAAGUCCUUUCGAGAGUAUCAGGAGAAUUCAUGAUGAGAAUGAGCCACUGUAGGCAACGAGGCCUCGGGGUCUGGUAAAAGCUGUAGACUAAGUGAUGGAUAUUAGCAGAAAGUGAGGGUAUGGAAUCCUGGGCUGUGUGGAUGUGAAGAGAGACAGUAAAGGGAGAUGCUAGGACUGAUUUUAUGGGGAACACUGGAAAGGACCUGGAGGAUAAUCAUAACAUAUUCUUUAUGAUUAUAAACGCCCCUCAGCCACAUGCACCUGAAGGACAAGGUGUUACAGUAAAAUUGUGUGAGGGCUGACGAGGUGGCUCAGGGCUUAUAUUCCUCUUGCAGAGGACUUGAGUUAAGUUUCUAGCAUGUAUGUUGGCUGGUGGACAACUUUCUGUAACUCUAGCUCCAGGGAAUCAGAUAUCCUUUUCUAGCGUCUGUGGGCACUGCACACAUGAGCACAAACCCAUACAUACACACCCAUAUAUAUAAUUAAAAGUAAAUCAUGACAUUUCAAAAACUGAGUAAUAUCCCAAACACUGGAAUCAAGACUCACGAUCACCAAGUGAAGAGCAUGCAUCAGCGUGCAGCCCUGGCAUAGACAGAUCUGACAUCAUGGCACACACAUUUCUGCUUACAUUUGAGUUUAUCUGGGGUGUGUGUAUAGAUCAGAGGAAAACAUUCGGGGGUUCUUUUCUUACUCUUUGUGUUCCAGAUAUCAAACUUGGGUCAUCAGACUUGGUGGCAAGUGUCUACUGUGACAUCUUGUCCUUCCACCCUUUUUGAGACAAGGUAUCACUAUGUAGCUCUGAAAUUUCUUAAAUCCUUACUGACUUAGUAAGAACACAAAUAGUUAUUAUUUCUCUCAUACUAAAAUUUAAGAGUUUGGGAGGCGUUUAAGAGGCAGAGGUAAGGAGGAUUGUGAGUUUUGAGAAUAGCCCUAGCUACAUAGUAAAACCCUGUCUCAAAACUAAAAUAUAUAAAAAUAUAUGUGUGUAUUUAUAUUUGUGUGUAUGUGUAUAUAUAUACACACACAUAUAUACACUCACACUGUAUAUAUGUAUAUAUUUAUUUAUAUGGUAUACACGUACAUGUUAUUUAUCCAUGGGUUUAUAUGUAUGUGUUCAUGUUCUUUAUCCCUGGCUAUAUCUGAAGCAUCUGUUAAUAUCUGUCACAGCACAGAGGAAAUGCUGCUUUGAAGGUAUCUCAGACCUAACUUUCUUACUGAAUAGUUCAAUAUAUGGCACAAUCAUCUUCCAGCCACUAGAAGUGCCCAGAAACCUGAAUUCUCUUUCUUUAGAUUAUCAGUAGGUUAGAACUCAGUGUGUAGCCUGGAAUUCAGUCUUCUUGCCUCAGGCUAGUAAAUGUUGGGAUUACAGGCUUGAGACACUAUACCUGGUCUUGACUCCUCUGUCUUCCAAACCUUUAUCAAAUAGGUCUCUAAGUCUUUUUCAGCUUCUGUAUCUUGAAUCCUAUUCCUCAAGCCAUUACAGUCUCUCACCUGAAUGACUGUGGACCCAUCUCUUCUGCAUACCACUCUGCCUGGGAGACAGACCUUCCAGCCAUGCUGUGGCUUUGGCUCAGACCAUGGGUGGUUUGGCUGUUCUGCUAUAGGUAUGUUUUCUCUUAGUAUCCAUUAGUGUUGCAGGGUCUGGCAUAGACUUUUAAAUGUGGGUGCAUGGAAAUACCUGGGGCAUUUACUAAAGCCAUAUUCCUGGAGAUAUGACUGGAUCUGUCAUAGGGUUCAUCUUCCGUGGCUAACUGAGCUAUACCUGGAGGUGACAGCCAUUGGUCUGCUAGCCCUAACCACCGCCAGCUUCUGCAGUGGGCCAUGUCCUCUCACACCCAUUUGUGACACUCAGAUCACAUUCCUCUGAGAUUUAUCUUGCAGGCUGCAAUCCCUGCCUCUUCUGGCCCCCUCUCUCUGGUCUUAGUCGUUGGUGUUUUCCUUGUGUUUACGUUCCUCUGAUUUAUCAUGCUGUUUUCCUGUUGUUAUUCCACACUGAACUAAGAGGCCUUUGGAAGAAAACUUUAGUGUGAGACUUGUUUAGCAGUCUGCAUAGCACACAGUAGAUUGUUUUAAAGUAUUUGUGAGAUGAUGAAGGGAAUUUUCUGCUGUGACUUUCAGUAAGGAAUAAUCUUCCCUUCUUUGUGCAUUCACGGACAUUUCCUGUGACCCCAUCCAAACAUUUUUGCCGUCAUUACUAAUUUGCAAGAACAACCAAGACUGGUCCGGGCAGCCCAUUCCAGAGUAAGAACAGCUAGUGAUUGAACGUGAACAUCAGGCAAAUUCAGGAUGUUUGACUUCGUCAUCUGUCAAACAUGGAGAUGGUAUUUACUGCACAGUGGCAUUGUUGAAAUCCAAUAAAAUAGCUCUUCUAAGCUGCCUGGCCCAUGACCAGUGCUACAUUUUGAGUUCCUGUCUUUUGGGAGACUGUGACAGGGCUAAAUACUUUGCGUGCAAAGUCCGCCUCUGCUGUUCGUUAGCUGUGCGCCUUGGUCAUCUUAUGAUCCUCGGAAGCCUCAUUCGGAGAAUGGACAAAAACAUGAUUGUCCUUAAGGAGCACUAUUAUCCCUAAUGUUAUUACGGAAGGUCACAUGAUUGUAGCUAUACUAAAAUUUUGUCUCAUGUUCUGAAAACAAUCUUGAAUAAUCUAUAGGUUAUCAUUUGGAUGGAAGUACCCUUUUAGCCGUUUUCUACACAGGCACAGUAACCAGCGAGUUGCAUUCCUUAGCUCUGCAGGCCAGUCUCUCCCCGCCAGUGGUGUGCACCCAAGUGGCUGUCCUCCAUAAACAUGUAGUUACAUUCUGAGCACAUGCUUUCCCUGUGUAACGUGAACGCUGUCCACCUCCUCUCUGCCUCAGCUAGGUAGUCUUUUCAGGAUGUUCAGAGAGGCCACAGCCUUGGCCUGUCCUGCUCCAAAAGGACAAAAUGGACUCAGCUUUGUGAAAGUUGAAGAAGAAAAUGUUUGGAGGCAGGACUUCAGUCUUCAGGGAAACCCCCAGAGCCAGGAGGUUUUCCGCCAGCAGUUUAGACAGUUUGGCUACUCUGACUUCACUGGGCCUCGGGAGGCUCUGAACCAGCUGCAGAAGCUUUGUCAGCAGUGGCUGAGGCCAGAGGAGCGCUCCAAGGAGCAGAUCCUGGAGCUGCUGGUGCUGGAGCAGUUUGUGGCCAUCCUGCCUAUGGAGCUGCAGGCCUGGGUGCAGGAGCACAGGCCUGGAAAUGGAGAGGAGGCUGUCACUCUGCUGGAGGAGCUGGAGAGAGAAUUUGAUGAACCUAAACAACAGGACACAGCUCUUGGCCAAGAAAUGACACACAUGGGAACACAGAAGCCUCUGAGUAGCCCACUGCAGUCCUUGGAGGACCAUUGCAGGAGUGAACCCCAGGAGCCUCAGGUUUUCCAUGAGAGAGAUGAGGCAGCCCUACCAUUUAGGGUUGAGGAUGAAGAUAGCAAGAUGGUGACUGACAAAGUACUAACAGCAAAGCAAGAAAUUAUUGAAUGUGUUACAUCAGUGGCCAUGGCAGCUCCAGGAAGACUUCCUAGGGAAUCUUCACCAGUACAGACAGUUGAAGAAACUAUGGGAUGUCUGGACAACUAUAAGCAAAGAGGAAGUGAUGAUGCAAGCAACAAAAUGAGUCCACUUUCUUCCCAGGAAAGCUGUUUCAGUCUGGCAAGCUUUAACAAGAAACCCCCCACAGAACAGAAUACCUUCAAGUGUAAUGAAGGUGAAGGAAUUCUCAGUCUGAACUUACACGGUACUGCACAGUCCCGAACUCACACAGGGAAACUGCUCUAUGAGUGUUUGGAUUGUGGGAAAGCUUUUUGCCAUAGGUCAAAGCUGAUUAGACAUCAAAGAAGUCAUACUGGGGAGAGACCUUAUGCAUGUAAAGAAUGUGGAAAAGCCUUUGGUUUCAGAACAGAUCUUGUUAGACAUCAGAGAAUUCACAGUGGUGAAAAACCCUAUAAAUGUUGUGACUGUGGGAAAGCUUUCAGGGGCAGCUCAGGGCUCAUUAGGCAUAGGAGGAUUCAUACUGGAGAGAAACCUUAUGGUUGUGAAGAAUGUGGGAAAGCCUUCAGCCAGAGCUCCACUCUUAUUCAGCAUAAGAAGAUUCACAGUGGAGACAAAGGCUAUGCAUGUACUGAAUGUGGUAAGGCUUUUAGGAGAAGUUCUGUUCUUAGGGAACACGAAAGAAUCCAUACUGGUGAGAAACCUUAUGAAUGUAAUGAAUGUGAAAAAUCCUUUAAUCAAAGCUCAGCCCUCACCCAACACCAGAGAACCCACUCUGGGGAAAAACCUUAUGAAUGCUAUGAAUGUAGGAAAAUAUUUAGGCAUAGGUCAGGCCUUAUGCAGCAUCAGAGAGCACACACCAGAGUUCAGCUCUGUGGGUAAGAGUUGUGUAAUUGUGAAAUUCAAGGAAUUCACUUUGAAGGGGAGAUUCCACAAAAAUUAGAAGUUUCCUGACAGCAAGACUUUUUCUUUCCAUGAUAGUUCAGUUCUCUUAAGAGACUCACACAAACAGCUUACAUAUUGGAAGAGUUUUAUCUGAACCUUGUCUACAAAGACUGGUAAAGAGACUGACCCACUUCUGAGUGAGGACUCUCACCAGUAUGUUCUUCAUCCAUUCCCCACUACAGAUAGAACUGUCAUUGAGCACCUUCAUAUGAGUCCAUGACCAUGGAUCCUGCAAGAUCUCCUUAUAAAAUGCAAAGAUCACUGUCCUGCCAAAGUGUUUUUGUCUGGAAGGAGUGCAUUUUUUAAGUUACUGAAGUCUGAAAUGUUGAAUUGAGGCUAUGAAAUGUCAUGUCCUGGAUCAGUUUAAUAUCUGAGGAAUGGAAGCUGUCUGCCCCAUUGCCAGUUCUUUCAACCCUGAGCUUCCUGAUGUAGUCUACUUCCUUAUUGGUACCUCCUGGGCCUAACCAUUGGGAGAACAGACUUGAUCACUGCCCCCUCAAAAUUUAGGGCUAAUGGAAUAUACAAAUUUAUUAAUCAAGUAAUUCUGGUAAGAGUGUGGCAAUAACUGCCAGAUAUAGGGUUCUGUUGGAAGAUAUUCAGAGAUGCUUUACCUGAUUUACAAAUUAACUAAAUAUUUCCUUGGGUGUGAUAUCUCAUUUGAGACCUAAAAUACAGAAGUUAGCCAAGCUAAUGGCAGAACAGAGGCAGAGUUUAUAUAAUACAUACAUGGAAUGAUGAGAAGAGAGGAUCUGGAGACAUUCCUGUUUCUUCAAUUCCUGCUGGAAUUUUCUUUGAUUCCAGUUCAGAAGCCAGGUUCAUUUCUUUUGCUAUUUGUAGUAGCCUGAGUUGGAUAGCCUGUUUCAGAUCACAAGACUUUUAUGAUCUGGAAGUAUUCAGUUAGCGUGGUAACUAGUGUUUCUAACGUAAAGUCAGACGUGUAUACCAAGGAAACAGCAUACCCUGGAAGCUGAGGGACACUGGAGUCUGGAGUCUCAGCAUUAUGCUUGCAGAUGAUAAGCCACUUGAGGGAAGUACAUAUUGAGUCAAUCUCUCAGACUCUUCAAAACUUUAAUUUGGCAGUUUUAAUUAACCCACGAUUGCUGAUGGUAAUUCUUACUUAGGAAAAUGCACCAUUUUGGAAGACUUGGUAAUAGCUAUUGUGAGUAGAGGAGAUAAAAACGGAUAUGGUUCUCACUCCAAAGGAUGUGCAAUUAUGUAAGAUCUGACUUGAAGGGAUAAUUCAAAUGGGCAGUGAAUUGCCUUUCCUAUAGGUGACAAGUGAAUGAGUCAAUGUUUUAAGUAUCAUUUAACCCUUUUUCUAAUUGUGAGCAUUGAGAAAUAUAACUCAUCCAUAAUUGUGUUACCCAUAGCAAAAUUAAUUUUUGAACUACUUCCUGUUUUUCUGUAAUUCUAAUAUUUUUGGUAAACAUCUCUAGUCUAAUUUUAUAAUAUUUUUAUGUUCAAUAUGCACUCCAGUUGCUUAGUAUCAGCAUGUAAUGGAAUGUAUUGUAAUAAAACUGAAAUUUUAAAAUUUUGCUUUUAAAUCAUUCAGGUAAAAACACAGUAUGAGUGGAGUUAGGCUGGAGGGUAGGAAGGAGUGUAGACAAAAGGGAAGUAGCACACUUAAUUUCUAGUUCCUGAAUUAAGUGGAACAGCACGAAGCUGAGAUAGCUAGACUUUUGAGUUGCUGGAGUACUGGAGUGAAAAAUCAAGACCCUUUUAAAUUCAUACAUUACUAAAUCCACCAAGAUAGCCUCCCUCAGCAGUGCCAAAUGCUGAGAAAGACCUUUGGUAUGACAUCAAAUUAUGUGCAUGUGAAUGCAAAUGCCCAGAGGCCAGAAACGGGCACUGGAUCCCCUUGGAGUGGAGUUACAGGAGGUAAACCACCCAGUGUGGGUGCUGGGCAUGGAACUCUGGUCUCCUACAAAAGCAGUUCCUGCUCUAAGCCAUCUCUCUAGACCCAUGUUUUGGGUAAUUUUGAGACGGUUUCAUAUGAAGCUUAUGGCCGAGGUGUGACUUCCUCUUCAGCGGUUCACAAACAGAAGUAGGUUAUUAGGUCACUGUCAAAUGACUUGGAAACUCUGUCCUCUCAGAUCUAGUUGCAGGCUGUGGCAUGAGGGAGGAAGGUAGGUUCCAUGUGAGGCAAGCACUGCUUUACAGACUGUCCCUGGAGCAAGAGGAAGAGCAGAGCGGAGAGAGGGGCACUGGCUGUUUUCCUUUCAGCUGCUGUGGGUGUCCACUCCGUUUCAUAAAGACUGACACUGACUGUAAGGUCAUCUUCAGCUCCUCCAACAUGAGAACACAGAUGAGCUCACUUGUUUAUGCCUGCUGAACUCAUGGGGAAGCACUAAUGACAGGAGCUCUGAAAUACUUACCACUUGCUUCUCUGAGCCAUAAAUCUUCAUGCAUGAAAGUUAACUUGCACAGGAAUUUAGAAUUUGAAUAUUAUGAAAGUAUCUCUGCACUGAUUUGGUCAACAAUGAAAGAUCAGAGUUAAUUAAAACAUGAGACAGGGAUGUCUUAGAAGGCAAGUACUUAUUUUCACUAUUUUGGGCUUUUGUUCACUACCUGCUCUGCCUAGGGCUAGGGAUCUAGGGAUUAAGCCUGGGGCCUUAAACAUGGUAAAUUUAUGCUUUACAGCUGAACUAUAUUCUCUUGCUCCUCCCUCUAUAAGCAGUGCUAGAUUUUGCAGUAAAACUUUAAAUACAAAAAUAGCACAUUACCUGUAACUUCACCGCCCAGAAGUAACCAUCUUGACAUUGUAUGUCUGUUAUUUUUAAUGCGUAAUGUUUUACAUAGGUUCAUGUUGUAUAUAAUGUGUAUUUAAUAUAUCAUGAAUGUUUUAACAUGUUUUAACAGCUUGUAAGGCUGCAUAUUCAUGGUUCCUUAAGUAUGUUUCUGGGUAGAAUGUCAAAGUCCAAUGCAGUGCUGAAGGGUUUUGGUACUGAUUGCCAGAGGUAAUGUAUUCACAGCUCAUUAGCAGCAAGAGUCCUAAUAUGUUCAAUAAAUACCACCUUCACUCCUA